AAUAUUUUUUGAUAAAAAAAUGGACAAUCUUUAUCCUUCUUCAACUGACCCAUUAUUACUUAGUUCUUCAAAUGAAGAAUCUCCAGAACAAAUUGAACAAAAAAAUAAAUAUCUACAAGCAAUAACCUCAACUCCAAACAAUAAUCACCAACACAUUCAUUUUAAAAUUGGUGAUGAAACUGAUCAAGAACCUUUAGAUAACGAAAUGAGUACUUCAUUGGCUACUUUAAUUGCUAAUAAGUACUUCAAAAACAAUGUUUUCUCCAAUCGUGAUCAUCGUUCCCAUUUGAUUGAAGGUCUUGAAUCAUUUUUGGACGGCGCUGUGGUUAUAUUACCUGGAGAGGUUGAUUCAAGGCGUUUAAUUUCUGGUGAUGAAUUCAAGAAAGCUUUAAGAAAACGUGAAAAGGAAAUGAAAUCUGUUCAACAAAAAGCUUCUGUUGUUGAUCGUGUCAUAACGGUGCCAGAUCGGUUAACAAAUAUCCCAUCUCGACAACAAUUAAAAAAACUUUCAACACCAAAAAUAGAAGUUGCUGCAUUAACACCUUUUGCUCCUUCCCAAAAUACUCAAGACAGAUUAUACAGAAAAGAUUCGAAAUUUUCUUCUUCCCCUCCGAACGGACAUUCAAAAACAACAGAAAAUAAUAAACAAAUAUCAACAUCCCCUUCAUCCUCCUCCUCUUUAUCUUCAACAGAAAAAAAGAAUAAUUUAUUCCCAAUUUAUUGUCUUCUCUUUAGGGGAGUACGUAAUGACAUUGCUAGACGAUUACCACUUUAUUGGACAGACAUUCGGGAUGCUGCUAAUUUUCAGUGUUUAACUAGUGUUGUAUUUAUGUUUUUUGCUAGUUUUGUUCCGGCAAUAUCGUUUGGUGGUUUAAUGGGGACUUACACUGAUGAAACAAUGGGGACAAUUGAAACUUUAUUUGCCCAAUGCAUUUGUGGAGUUAUUUGGGGGUUAUUUUCUGCACAACCACUCCUUAUUAUGAGUGCUACAGGCCCUGUACUUAUUUUUGAAGCUAGUCUUUACAAUUUUUGUGCAGCAUUACAUUUAGACUUUUUGAGUGUUCGAUUUUAUGCUGGCCUUUUUAUUUUUCUUAUAGCAACUUGUAUUUCGGCAUUAGAUGGGGCUCGUCUUUUAGUUUAUGUUACUCGAUUUACUGAAGACAUUUUCGCCACUUUAAUUUCUGCUAUUUUUAUUGCUGAAAGUUUGCAUUUUGUUUGGCAUACAUUUAAAGAAAAUCCAGUUGAAGACUAUUUCUUUUAUGAGCGUGUCCAUUCUGAAUGUAAUAAUAAAAUUAAAAAUAUUAACAAUGAUAUUUUUGUAAAUACAACAACAACAUUAGCUACACCUGCUUUAUUAAGGUAUAGAGAAGAAAUAAACAAAACAGAUGUUUUUCUCUUUUAGUAAUUUAACUAACAAUCCAAACAUAUCAUUAAUUUC